UAACGGGUGCGCCAUCUUUUAUGUCGGUAUUGAAACAUCGAAUGACUUUGAUAUUUACCAACCGAGUGAUUUGGUUAUGCGUGUUUCUGAAACGUCAAUUUACUACAAUUUCAGUCAUUGAAAAUCGUCGUUCAGUUGUGUUAACGCAACGUGCAUAUCGUCGAAAAUAUCGUGGCAAACAGGCACCGUCUGACAACACUAUCCGUCGUUCGGUUUCGAAUUUUCUUGAGUACGGGAUAGUGGGAGAUCGUCAACAUACCGUUCAUCAACGACCAAGACGUUCCAAUGAAUAGGUUGAAGCGGUCAGAGACAGCAUUGUCCAGAACCCAAAA